UUCCGCGACGUUGUUCUGGGCGGUCGCGGCGGUCACGUAUCACGAUUUUUCUCCGAUGUAAAAUCGCGACGUAGAUUUCACGCAGAUCCAGCAGAUCGUUGAUACGCCGCUGACGUGUCCCCCACCGCGCAAUCUUAUUUCCGAUAUAAAUACUUUUUUUUCAAUUAACUCCUUGCGCCGCCGGCCGCCAAUCUAAUCUAAUCUGUCGCCGGGCGACUGCGACACCGACCGCCAUACGCUACAGUGAAAUUGUAUGUACAGUUUUAUAAACGAAUCGUCGCCGUACAGAUCACUGCGCGGUCGCGUUUUCCGGCAGGAUUUCCUCCCGAGGUCGUUACCCAGCUGGGACGUGAAAGACCACGAUGUUGGCUCUAUUUUUAAUACUACUGUGUUCUCCAUUCAUUACCGAUGCGGUCAACAGAGACAACUUCAAAAGAUGCGACCAGAGCAGUUUCUGCCGACGGUGCAGAGGAAUGGAGGCUGGAAAAACGCCAUAUCAGCUUUUGCCGGAUAAACUUGUACAGAAUGAAUCGAUGAUCAUGGUAGACUUAUUUAACAAGGAUACGGGUGUCACCUAUGUGGUCCAACUUAUCACGUUAAAAGAAAGCACAUUUCGGUUGCACAUCAAUGAAAAGAAUCCACUGCAUCCCAGAUAUGAAAAUGAACAUGCCCUUCACGAUCAGCCACAAACGGUAGAGAUGGAUGUUGUGGAAAGCACCGCUGAAACUAUAACCGUGACCAAGGGCGAUAACAAAGCCGUUUUAUAUAUUAAUCCAUUUAGAGUAGAACUGUAUUCCCAAGGUGUUUUAACGAUAUCGGCAAAUGCCCGUGGUCUCAUGAGAUUUGAGCAUUUGCGUACAAAACCAGUAAAACCAGAAGGUGAAAAUGCUGAAACAGCUGAAACAAAUAAUAAUAAUAAUAAUAAUACGUAUCCUGGUGAUGGUGCUGACAAUGAUUCUGGUGCUUGGGAAGAGAACUUCAAGGAGCACCACGAUGCAAAACCAUAUGGACCGGAAGCUGUUGCCAUGGAUUUUAGUUUUCCCGGAUCAGAACAUGCCUAUGGUAUUCCAGAACAUGCUGAUUCGCUAGCAUUACAAUCAACUAAAUCGACUGAUCCAUAUAGACUAUACAAUCUAGAUGUAUUUGAAUAUGAAACAAAUGAACGUAUGGCUUUGUACGGUGCCAUCCCCGUUCUUUACGCUCAUGGAAAGGAGAGAUCAUCAGCUGUUUUCUGGCACAAUACAGCCGAAACAUGGGUCGACAUUCUAUCGAGUGCAGACAAUAAUGUUGUGGAAAGCAUUGUUAAUUUCGUAUCUGGAUCAACUAAGAAAUCUCAGGUGGAUGCUCAUUUCAUGUCAGAAUCUGGAGUGAUUGACGUAUUCUUCAUGCUGGGUCCAAAACCACUUGAUGUUUUCAAACAAUUCAUUGUUUUGACUGGUACAGCUCCUUUGCCACAAAUGUUUGCACUUGGAUACCAUCAAUCUCGUUGGAAUUAUAAUGAUCAGGACGAUGUCGCAACGAUCGCCGAAAGUUUUGACACACACGAUAUCCCACUAGAAGUUAUGUGGCUUGACAUUGAAUAUACUGACAACAAAAAAUAUUUUACAUGGGAUCCACGUAAAUUCCCAAAUCCUCUUGAAAUGAUACACAAUCUCACUGCCAAAGGCAGAAAAUUGGUAGUUAUCAUAGAUCCUCAUAUUAAACGUGACACCAAUUACUUCUUGCAUAACGAUGCUACCAGGUUGGGCUAUUACAUCAAAAACAGGGAUGGAAAAGAUUACGAGGGUUGGUGCUGGCCGGGAGCCUCGUCGUAUCUAGACUUUUUCGAUCCAAAAGUCAUCGAAUAUUAUACUGGAUUAUACAGUUUAGAUAAAUUCCACGGUACCACUAAUGACGUUUACAUUUGGAAUGACAUGAACGAACCGAGUGUGUUCAAUGGCCCUGAAAUAACGGCACCAAAGGAUCUUGUCCAUUAUGGAGGUUGGGAACACAGAGACGUUCACAAUAUUAAUGGACAUAUGUAUAUCCGUUCGACAUACGAAGCUCUAUUCCGUCGGUCAGGCGGUUCCCUGAGACCUUUUGUCUUAACGAGAUCCUUCUUCGCUGGAUCACAACGUUACGCGGCAAUGUGGACUGGCGAUAAUACAGCUGACUGGAGUCACCUUCGUGUAAGCUAUCCUAUGUGUCUUUCAGUGGCUAUAUCCGGAAUAUCAUUUUGUGGUGCCGAUGUUGGAGGUUUCUUCAAGAAUCCAGAUUCGGAAUUGUUCAUUAGAUGGUACCAAGCCGCAACAUGGCUGCCUUUCUUCCGUCAGCAUUCUCACAUCGAGACAAGAAGGCGCGAGCCAUGGACAUUCAAUGAGGAAGUUACUCAAAUAGUUCGUGAAGCACUCAGAAUGCGAUACUCCUACCUGCCAUUGUGGUACACACUCUUUAGAGAACACGAAGUAAACGGUUAUCCCGUUAUACGUCCUUUAUGGGCACACUAUCCAACUGAAUCGGGAACAUUUACUAUCGACGAUCAUUUGCUACUUGGCGAUUCAAUACUCGUACGUCCGGUAUUACAGUCCAGUGCUACCGAGGUAGCAGUUUAUUUCCCAGGAGAGGGCAAAAUAACCUGGUACGAUAUUGAUACAAUGCAAGCCUACGAAAAAGGAGGAUACGUUAAAUUACCAGUAACAAUUCACAAGAUCCCUGUAUUCCAAAGAAGUGGUUCUAUCGUCCCACGAAAAAUGAGAAUACGACGUAGUACAGUUGCUAUGAGGAAUGAUCCUUACACUCUGAUAAUAAUUGCUGAUAAUAAUGGCAAGGCUAGCGGCAAUCUAUACAUUGACGAUGAAAUCAGUUUUGAAUAUCGCCAUGGAAAAUAUUUGUAUUUAAGACUAACGUUGGACGGUAAUAAGAUAACUUCAACUCUAAUAGAUAAACUAGCUUCGUAUGAGACACAAAGCUGGUUAGAAAGAAUAGACAUAGCCAAUCCACCACAAGGAAUGAAAUCUGCUCAAUUGGAGUCUCACAGUGUGGGAAAAGCAACAUUGGAAACUACAUAUAAUCCACAUAACAACGUAUUAACGAUACGUAAACCAGCUGUAAAUAUGGGCGAGGAAUGGACCAUUGAAUUAUUACAUUAGAAUUAUGAUUUUACUCAUAAUCAACUCAGUAUCCAUACCAUAAUGCCAAUUUUCUAUUACUAUUCAGUUAUCUGUGAUGGUUGUUUUUUAGAACAAAUAUAAAUACAAAUACAAUUUAGUUAACUGUAUAAAAUAAAAUUGCUUUUUUUUUUCAGAUUAAUCAGUCAAUUAAAUUGCAUAAUACUUUGAAAGCUAUAGAUACAAAUCCUCUGUAAUUUAUAGUUCUUUACUUCAUGAUUUAAUAAAAAAAUUGAAAAUAAA